AUGACGACAUUACAAACCGCAGCAAUAAUACGAUAUGAUAAUUGCUAUUGUUUAAAACUAAAGCCUAGAACUGAUAUGGUCAUUGACACAUUAAAGACUACUCAAGCUCGGUAUAUGCUACAACCUACAAAG